UCCAAGGUCCUCUAAGCCUUCGAUUCUCUCGUAUCAAUUCAAGAAAUAAUCACAGAAAGAUUUCAGGGACUGGAUCAAGGGUGUCUCUCUGUUUUGAAGAUGUCACUUUCAAAGCAGUACUCACAAGACCAGUUGAACUUUUUCCGUGUGUGUCACGUGACUACAGACCUUAUACCCGAAGGCCUUCGCAAGGUCUUCAAGCAGGAAUGGGACGGUCGCUAUGGGUCAAUCUCCAGUCUCGGUCCUUGGCAAGAUACUGUACAAAAUGGCAAGAACUUUUUUAACAUGACAACACCAAGAGAGAAAAAUGUCAAAAAGAAGGAACUCAGCAUUAUCAAAAAUGGCAAUACAGCACAAUGGGACUGCACCUGUCUUUUCUAUUCGAUAUUGUAUUCAAAUUGCAUCGGAAUGAAUGCCCUCGACCCUACAGUACAGAAAAGUGUGGACAGUCUAAGAAAAUAUCGUAAUGCAGCAUUUGGUCACGCUAAGGAAGGACGAAUUAUCGAAUCAAGCUACAAAGCAUCUAUGAAUGACGUCAUUAAUGCAUUUAAGGAUUUAAAGCUUGACACUAGUGCACUUGAGGAAAUUCGAGAUGAAACUAGUUUCAACACAGCUGAGCUUAACGAUGUUCAACAAAAGUGGGAGGAAGAGAAAAAGAAGAAUGAGGGGCCAUCUUGCUUUUGUGUGUUGCCUUCAAAACCAUCGCAUGACACUUUUCAGCGCGACCGGGAAGUAUCAAACAUCUGCCAAGAAAUAGAACGCCUUAGAAGUUCAAAUCCUGGAGAUAUAACGAUGACCUAUCUGUCAGGGAAUCCUGGUUCGGGAAAAAGCGUGCUUGCAAGACAAAUAGGACGACAUCUCUACUUUGAUAUUGAUAAAGAUGUUGCUCCAAGAUUCGUGAUGACGCUGGACGGGUCCAGCUUGCAAUCUUUGAUUCAAUCAUAUUCUGAUCUCACGAGAAAACUUUCAUGUGAYGAGAAAGCAAUAACWGCCAUUAUCACGUCMAAAGAACUUUCACCUGAACAACGCCUAUUUCAACUUCAAGGACUUGCUGCUCCUAAAAUAGACAAUUUCUCAACGUGGCUUUUGAUUAUUGAUGACGUCCAUGAUUUGAAAUCAAUAUCAAAAUUUAUAGUUAAGGCUGGACAACCAAAUGGAAUCGGUCACAUCCUCAUCACAACUCAAGAUGAUCGUUCAAUUCUGGCGUCUCAAGAUACGCACMAUUUUUCUCUCAGUAAWGGAAUGGAGCCAGAUGACGCAGUACAAAUGCUAGUUUCCAUUUCCAAAGCUGRUAAAAGCAAAGAAACACUUACAGUGGCUACUGAGCUAGAUUAUCAGCCAUUGGCGCUUGCUUGUGCAGCAGUGUUUAUGCAUUGUGCAUCACGUACAGACCCUUCAAUGGAUUGGAAGAAAUGUCUUCGAAGCAUCAGAUAUCAGAUUGAAGUAACGGAGAGAAACUACAAAGACACAAGUAUGACUUACACUAAAACCAUGACGACUGCUGUCCGUAUGGCUGUAGAGAAAGAGAAGGAGAACCCGACAAUGAUGCAUGCUUUCCAGUUCCUAUCAGUAAUGGCUCCUGAUUAUGUACCUUUAAAAGUGGUUGUUGAUUUUGUUCAUCGCUGUCUACCAAAUGAAAGCGAACACGAUCUUAUAACAGAUAUAACAGGCUCCUCGUUGGUUCUGUCAUUGACAGAAGACAACRUUGUCACUUCKAUACGCAUGCAUCAAGUUGUGCACACAGCUAUUCAAAUGAACAGUGAACAGAAAACAAGCACUGAUUUUUGGUUAAAUGUAAUUGAUGUGUUCUCA